CCCCCUCCAGCUUCCCCCCCUGACACCCCUCAACUGGACUUGUCAUCACUUUUAAAAGUGUCCUAUAUGCUGUUCUGUUUUUAAUUCGAGCAAAGAUGUUUGAUCUUCUGGUGUUGGUCGAGGGGCUCUGUGACCUGCACGGAUUUCCAUAGCUGAAGGAAAACAGCGGGGUCCUAACAGCAGAUUUCCUCCUCCUCCUCCUCCUCCUUUUUUUUUUCUUUUCUUUUUUUGUUUUGUUUUUGUUUGUCCAUUAUAAUAGCACACUUAAAAAAAUUGCCUGCAUAGAUGUAGGCGAGUAAUUCGACUGAUUUUUUUUUUUUUAAAGAAGGCAAUUGUUUUUUCUUUCUUUUUUGUUUUGUUUUGGGAUUUUUUUUUUGUUUUGUUUUUUUGUUUGUUUUUUUUAAUUGGCUAUUUUAGAUUUUUAGUUUGUGCGUUUUUCGGGAGGACCACUGGACUGGUUGGAUUAUAGGAACUAUAAGGAUUCGUGGAGAUGUUGGGUCGUCAAGAAGAAAAAAUAUGUGGAAUUUUCUCUGGUUUGGUGGCUUUGUCCUUCCUCUGCUUUGUUCAAAGCUCCUCCAACGAAAGCACCGGAAUGUCUGUGGCCAAGACUACCGUGGACAAGUUGCUGAAGGGAUAUGAUAUCGUCUGAGGCCUGAUUUUGGAGGUCCCCCAGUCAUCGUAGGGAUGAGCAUCAACAUAGCCAGCAUCGACUCCAUCUCAGAAGUAAACAUGGACUACACCAUCACAAUGUAUUUCCAGCAGAGCUGGAGAGACAAGCGCUUGGCCUACGGAGAGCUGAAACUAAACCUGACUUUGGACAACCGUGUGGCAGACCAGCUGUGGCUCCCCGAUACUUACUUCCUUAAUGACAAGAAGUCCUUUCUUCACGGAGUGACGGUGAAAAACCGAAUGAUCCGACUGCACCCUGAUGGCACCGUCCUCUACGGACUAAGAAUAACAACUACUGCUGCCUGCAUGAUGGACUUGAGGAGAUACCCUCUGGAUGAACAGAACUGCACUCUGGAAAUUGAAAGCUAUGGAUAUACAACAGAUGACAUCGUAUUUUUUUGGGAAGGAGAUGACAAAGCUGUGACCGGGGUUAAAGAGUUAGAAUUACCUCAGUUCUCCAUUGUGGACGUCCGCCUGGUGUCCAGGGAGGUCAGGUUUACUACAGGUUCAUAUCCAAGGCUCUCAUUGAGUUUCAGGAUUAAGAGGAACAUAGGCUAUUUCAUCUUGCAGACGUAUAUGCCCUCCAUCUUGAUCACCAUCCUUUCCUGGGUCUCCUUCUGGAUCAAUUAUGAUGCCUCUGCAGCUCGCGUGGCCCUCGGUGUGACAACGGUGCUUACCAUGACCACGAUUAACACCCACCUUAGGGAGACCCUCCCAAAGAUUCCUUACGUGAAAGCCAUCGACGUCUACCUCAUGGGCUGUUUUGUGUUCGUGUUCCUGGCCCUGCUUGAAUAUGCCUUUGUAAAUUAUGUGUUCUUUGGCCGGGGCCCUGCGCAGCAGAAGAAAAUCAAUGAGAGGCUGGGCAAAGUCAACAACGAGCGUACGAGAUACGAAGAGAAGCGCCUGAGGGAACAGGUGGACGCUUACGGGAACAUCCUCCUCACCACGCUGGACAUGAACAACGAGGUGAUGCCUUCCGACGUGGGGAGCAGCGUCAGUGACUCUCGGAAUUCCGUCAUGUCCUUCGACAGCUCCGGCGUCCAGUUUAGGAAGCCCAUGGCGCCCCGGGACGGCUACGGCCACCACUCGCUGGACCGGAGCGCCAUGCGGAGCCGCGCCAACUGUCGGCUACGGCGACGCUCCUCCAAGCUCAAGUUGAAAAUCCCAAACCUGUCAGAUGUUAGCACCAUCGACAAGUGGUCCCGGGUCAUUUUUCCCAUCACCUUUGGAUUUUUCAACCUAAUCUACUGGUUGUACUAUGUGAAUUGAUGUGCAUCCCACUAGGAAUCAUGGGCCAUAUUUUGAGAGCACAUUAAAUUGGCUUUGAUACAGUUCCAAAAUAUGUAUACACAUAUACAAGUUGAACAUAUGUAUAUGCAUAUUUCCAUAUAUUAUAUUUAUAUAUACACAUGUGAAAUCCGAAGAACCUUUCUGCUGUACAAAGUAUUACUAGGAUGACUUGAAUGUUUAAGAAUACUUGUGCGAGAAGAAAUUCAACGCUUUUUUUGUUUGUUUUUUCCUCCUGAAACAAACAUGAGAUCCUCCCCACCAGGGGUUUUUCAGAACUAAAGACUGCAUGAUAUUUUUGCUAAAAAAACAAAACAAAACAAAAAGAAAAGUGGAAAAAAAAAGCAAAAGAAAGAGGGGAAGUGAAAGCUCUUGAGAGAGAAAGGAUGUCUUGGAGUCCCAUUGACUUUUUAUUGAUACUUAUCGUACUCAGAAAUCCUCUUCUGCAGCUUGAGAAAUCAGCGGUGGCUCGCGCGUCCGGGCAUCGACUCACUGAAGUCCUUGGCGCCACCCUUGGUCCCCGCCGCUGCCACACACCCCCACCCCACCCUCUGCCGUUACCCCACAGGAGGACGACAUGCACAGAAACCUCUCCGUUUCUGCUAUGUACAGCAACCUUGUUUGGAUUAUGUGUUGUUCUUUGGCUUGUUCUUUUUUUUCUUGUUUUUUUUUCUUCUUCUGUUUUUAGAGUGAAUAUUAUGAGACAUCAUCUCCGGCCAAAUGGUCUCCAUUCGGUUGGCGUACGGAUAGGAUAUUUGACUGUUGCAUUUCCACCCAGAGUCAACUUGUAUUACUUUUUCAUUCUAUUUUAUUUAUUUUUUUGGUCUUUUUCUAUAUUAUUAGAAACACAUCCUAAGAGUGGUGGGAUCGUGUUGAGGUUGCCGGAGGAGAAAGAGGUGGGGAUUUUCAAAAACGUUUUUCGUUCUGGGUAAAAACAAACACUGCUUAUUGUAGAUAUGAUUUCAUCUUAACAAAAACUGUGAUUUCAGAGAGUCAGACCAUGUUCUAGGGGUUGGGCAUUAUGAGAUAAAAGAGUAAGAGGUGUGCAUUGCUGGUUCUGAUUGUUUGGGGAUGGAGGGAGGAAGAUAAUCUGUACAUGUAAAUCAUUCAGUAUUCUCACAAAGGUAUGCUUGUGUGUUUUUUUUUUCUUUCUCUUUCCUCCUAAUGAUUAACUCACAUUCUCUUUAGAUGCAGAGUUCACUGACAUCGGAUCCUGCUUUGUGUUUGCUACGCAGGAACGGGAAGGGGAGUGGGAUGGGUCGCCUUUGUUGUUAGUGUGAAAUUAUUCCUACGUGAAGAUGUGAGAUCAUGUAUAUUCAAAAAGAUCGACCAAAUCCUCAUUCAGAACAUGGUACAUCUUUGUUUGCUCAGUCUCUUUUUGGUUUUCCUGUCAGUGUGUGAAGGGAAGAAUAUUUUGGAUUCGUAUUGUUACGGGGAAAGAGGCGUACGGAGGAAGGGGUUUCGUCAUUGUAGCCUUAUUCAACAGCAUCCCCAGAACUGCUGCUACAGGAUCAGGAGGGAUUUAUUAUGUCAGAAAAAUAGCCAUGAAUUGAAUGAAAUGAUGACCAAAAGGCCUGUAUUCCAUGUUUUCCCCUGGAAUACACACACAUUUCAUUUCUAGUGAUGAUCUACCCGACCGGGAAGGGUGCUGGUUAUGUUCCCCCUUUCAACAUUUCCGACCUGUGCAGUUUUGGUUUUUCAGUAUUCAAGAUUUUCGAUUCUGGAACAUUGCCGAUUACCUCAGAAUGUCUCCUAACCGGGUGUGCAUCAGUUGACUCUUUCCAGCGGGAUCUUUCACACCUACUUUAGCAACUUACAAUAAUUGUCUGUGUUUUACUCAUGGACUAUUAAAAGAAAAAUGUGAUACAAAUAACUAGCAGUGAUCACAAGCUGUUAAAAAUUAUAACCGUAGCCAGCUUCUCAAACAUCAGAUCUAUGAAAACCUGGCUUUUUUCCCCCCACCUAUAUAUCAUUGAUACACUUCUGCAUGAUCAGUAAAACAAAAUCUGAGCCCUUGUGAAACAUUUAAACUACUUCCAAUCAGAAAAAUAAAACCAUAUUUUAUUGUAGCUGCACAAAUAAUUGCAGCUACAAACAAAAAAAACAGAUGCCAAGGUUCAAGAUUAGUGGUGCAAAAGGGUUUGUUUACUGUGACAAAAACUUAGGUAAGAUGGGACAAAAUGGAGGUUUCAGUUGGUAAUUCAAGGACAGAGUUGCUGCAGGAUAUUAUUGUGUGCCAAAUCGGACUUUACUGUGUGACAUUUCUUAUUAAUAUUUUUACGAAACACUUUUUUCACAUGUCACUUAUUUCAGUUGAAAAACAAAAAAAAGAAAGAAA